AUGCUGCGGUUCUACCGCGAUGUGCUCCGGCUGCCCCUGCACUCAAUCCAUGAGGACGAAGGGUUUGUAGCCUUCCAGCUGGGCGAAGUGCGCUUCAACGUGGGGCGACACGCCGGAGUGAGCGGACAAUCCCGGGACCCGUUGCGGGUGAUGCCUCACCUGGGGGUUGGCGACAUUCACGCUGAACACUCCCGACUGGUGGCCGAAGGGGUCGAUUUUAUUCGGCCACCGGAGCGCGAACACUGGGGCGGUUGGGUUGCCACGCUGACAGAUCCCGACGGGAACGUGCUGCAGUUGCUGGAGUUUCCCGAAUAG